AUGCUACUGAACAGAAAGGGCAUGCAAACACUCUUCAGUAGACCUUUUAAAGGGAACUUUUCACUCUCUCGUCAUGUUCAAUUGCGUGGAAAGAAGUCAAUUCAUCCAAAAGAGCGAGUUGUCACACGGUUCGCACCUUCUCCAACGGGACUUUUGCAUAUUGGGUCAUUGAGAACUGCAUUGUACAACUUCCUAUUGGCACGUAGUACAAAUGGUAAAUUCAUAUUGAGAAUAGAGGAUACAGAUAGGACACGUUUGAAAUCAGGUGCUGAGCAAGAUAUAUGCGAUAUAUUGAAUUGGUGUAAUUUGAAGUAUGACGUAGGGCCAAUUAGACAAAGUGAUCGAAUUCCCAUAUACGAAGAGUACGCCAAUAAAUUGCUCGAAACCGGCGCUGCAUAUCGCUGUUUUUGUACUAAAGACAGAUUAUCAACCAUGAGGGCGCAUGGUUACGACAGACAUUGUUUACACCUAUCUGAUAACGAUGUUCGAAGGUUAUUUGAUGCAGGGCAUACUAGGCCCGUGCUCCGACUCAAAAGCCCAAAUAAAUAUGAUAGCUUCCAAGAUAUGUUACAUGGUACAGUUAAUAUUCAAGAGAGGAAAGACAGAGUAGGAUUUGAUGAUCCUAUUUUAAUGAAAUCUGAUGGCUUCCCCACCUACCAUUUUGCUAAUGUUGUAGAUGAUCAUUUAAUGGAAGUCACCCAUGUUAUCAGAGGUGAUGAAUGGCUACCAUCUACUCCAAAACAUAUUGCAUUGUAUAAAGCAUUGAGCUGGACUCCUCCGAAUUUUAUUCAUAUUCCUCUGUUAACUAAUGUCGAGGACGACAAGAAACUAAGCAAGAGGAAAGGCGAUACAUCUGUGUUGAGUUUUAAAGAAAACGGAAUAUUUCCUGACGCAUUAAUCAAUUUUUGUGCAUUACUAGGAUGGUCACCCCCAAGAGCUAUCGCGAAACUAACGCAUGAAUGUUUUACUCUGGAGGAACUAAUCAAAUUGUUUUCUUUAGACCAUUUGACCAGAGGAAACGUUAAAGUUGACUAUAAAAAAUUGUUAUUCUUCAACAAACAAUCUUUACAAAGGAAAAUAGCUAAUGAGUCUACGUUACUUCAGCUCGUUGAUGAGAUUGCUCCUUCCAUCCAGAAAACAUUUCCUGACACUGUUUCAAGAGAUAAAAUUCGUUCUAUUUUAAAACUUUGCGGCCAAUCAUUAACAAAGAUAGAUGAAUUCAGUAGUCACUUUGCUUAUUUUUUUGAAAGACCAAAACUCACAGUUGAGGCAGUGAACAAUUUUAUUGGUCCCAAUGAUCGAGUACGGAUAAUAGAAGCUCUUCGCUAUCUCGCAAACCAGAAUUUUCAACAAGACGUUAAUGGACUUGUCUCUAAUACAUCUCAACAAUUGGACAUUAAUAAGAAGCUAAUAUUCAAGACUUUGAGGUUCGCACUGACCGGACCAGUUCCUGGCAGUAAAUUACCGGCUUUAAUUCAGAUCCUUGGCCCUGAAGAAAGCCGUUCAAGAGUAAUUGCUGCUUUGGCUGCAUUUAAUGACAGCUGA